AUGGGAGAACAACAUGAAUCUUCUUCUAAUAACACGGGUUUAACGAGUAAAUCAACAGGUGCAGCCAAAACUAAUUCUUUUGUGGAUAUUCUCAAGGGAAAGAAAACCUUAAACCCUACAACUAUUGAUCUUUCCUCUCUGCCUAAUCCUACUUUGAAAGAGGGAGAACCAGCUUUGGAAAUCCCUUUGGAUUUUUUUCAAGAAGGAUGUAAACCUUUCAAGCAUAGUUUCAUAGCUCGUUUAGAUUUUACAGGUGUGAAGUUUCCUGAGGUAAAACACGCUCUGGUUGAACAAUGGAAACUUGGUCAAGAUGUGAAGUUUCUUCCCAUGCGCAAGGGAUUCUUCAUAAUCAUGUUAGCAACAGCUGAAGAAAAGGAAAGGAUUCGUAAUGGUCCUAAAGCCAUCAUUAAAAAUAAAGUUCUUCAGAUACAGGAUUGGUACCCUAGCUUUAACCCUAACAAGCAGCGUACUUCUCGUGCUGCUGUAUGGGUCAUGUUACCUGAAUUACCAAUGGAGUUAUGGACUAAAAAAUCCAUAUCGUCAAUCGAUAAGAGUUUUGGAACUCCAAUUGUUGUUGAUGAAAAAACCCUAAGGUUGGAGUAUGGUUAUUUUGCAUCAGUUCUUGUGGAUAUUGAUUUCUCAAAGCACAUCCCUGAAAGAAUUUUGUUAAAAGCUAAUGGGAGGGAAUUCUGGCAAUAUAUGGAUAUUCAUAAACGUCCUCAGUUUUGUGCAAAGUGCAGCAUUAUUGGUCAUUGUGAGGAAGAUUGUAGAAAGAAAUCAAGAAACAAAACAAAAAGUAAUCAACUUCAAGAGGUUGCAGCUGAGCAAAUUCCUAUAAUGAGGAAUGAUAAUCCACCAGGAAUGGAGUGGAAAGUUGCGGCAAAUAAAAAUACAGGUAAGCAAGUGUAG